CUGCAUAGUGCUUAUUUAGCCUUUGUCAUAGUCGGUUAUUUCAUCUUUCUGCAUAUAAUUUGUUUUAAAAUGCUGUCCCGUAAUAAAUUUAUAGUUUUUCUAUUUGUGAUAUUAACUUGUCAUGAGCAAUGUUAUUCCAAAAUACCGGAGUACAUCCAAGUAUGCAAGCGUGAUCAGGACACCGUGAACGAGUGCGUUCGCGACUCCAUUGAGAAGCUGCGACCAAAGCUGGUGGAGGGCAUUCCCGAGCUCAAUGUGCCUAGUCUUGACCCCUUCUAUAUUCAUGAGAUAGCCCCACCAGUGGGAAGCAACAGCCGAGCAUUCCAGGCUGUGGGUAAGGACAUCAAAGUUUCUGGAGCUGGCAACUUUAGCCUGAAACAUGUCGAGGUUGAUCUAGAAAAUUUAACGUUCCGUGCCCGUGUACGAUUCCCGCGGUUGCAUUUCGAAGGGAAAUACAAAGUGGACAUACAAUUCUUGCUUCUGCCCAUCCGCGGAGAGGGGACACUCGUUGCAGAUGCAAUUAAAUGUAACGUUGAUGCGUUUAUGAAAAUCAAAAUAGUGGAGAGAGAUGGCGUCGAAUACAUUGAGUUUACAAGCAUCGACACAGAUAUUACUAUAAGGGACUAUAAGAUCAAACUCCAAGGACUUUUCAAUGGAGAUAAAGCUUUGGAAGAUGCAACAAAUAUGGCGUUGAAUGAAAACAAAGCUGAACUGCUGAAAGCGGCUAAACCAUUCGCUGAGAAAGGCGUGUCUACUAUUAUUCUGGACGCGGCCAAUAAAGUAACGAAGGAUAUACCUUACGAUGAGUUGUUUCCUAAACCGUAAAUUUGUAAUUUUUAUGUUCGUAAUAUAAAUUUUAUACCUUGUAUUACAUAUUUCUAAUAAAUAAAAAAAAGUUUUGUGAUAUUUCUUGAUAUUUUUGUUGAAAGAUGAGAUUACCGAUUAUUAUUAAGGAAUUAAUCGUUUACUGAAUAUCCAUUAAAUCAUAUUUCGUAUAAUUAUUUGUAUAUUUAUUUGUAAUUAAAUUAAAAUUAAAUUAUCAUUUAGCCUUAAGUUAAUUGAACUAAUGUAAUAUUUAAUUUUUUUGCUGGCGUUAUAGUUUAAAAAAUAUAUGUUUUGAAUUC